AUGCCUCGCGCAAAAACUCAACCAAAAUCCACGAAAAAAAUUCGAGGGCAAACUUGUUCUCGAAUGCAAAAACUUCGACUAAGUAACAACUUUACCGGGGAAAAGAAUGGGACAAACGAUAACAACUUGAAUGUUUACCUUAGUGACAUUAAUAAUCGCAACAAUCCAACAAAUGUUGCCACUAAUCAUAAGAACUGUGAUAAUUGUCAAGAGUCAGGAAAUUGCAUAAAGAUACUCAUGGAAAGAUUAUCCAAGAUCGAGAAUAUAGUUGAUGAACUAUCCAAAAUCACCAGGGAGUUUAAUGCCAGCUCGAUAAAUAAGAUCGUGCCCAACAAAACCCAAUCGCCUCAAUAUCAAGGAGUGAAUCUGUCUUCAUGUAAGCUUGAGGAGCUCCAGAAAUUUGUGAUCUCGGCAACGAACAAGAUGACGCCCAAUCUCAAAAGAAAAUUCGCUGAGGAAUCCGGGGAUGGUAUUGUACCCUUCUCAAAUCUAGAUUCGACGAGAAACAGUGACAAUUCAUCAUUUAUUAAUCAACACAAGAUAAUGAGUUCUGAUGUGGAUCCAAAAAAAAUUGAAUUGAGAACUCCAACAUCAACGUUGGGCAGUGAACCUGACAAGGUUAACCAAUCACAUCCCAUAAAACAGGAGAAGCAGGAUCAUUGGUGUUCUGGUGGUGAAGAACCUCCAAUUAACAAGAGAAAGAGAACUUUUGUUGAACAUUAG